CAUUAUAUUGGAGUUAGAAUCGGAGAUUUGGUGAACAUUCUCUGGGAACAGAAGACUGUCUCCUGUUUCCCAUUUUCAUUGAAUGCAACAUUUCCACGAUUGACGACAUGACGCGUCGGAAACCAAGCACCAGCUGCUGAGCGUUCACCAGUCAACAUUGUGAUAGUCGCGUCAUUUGGAAACAUUUUAGUAAACGUUACAUUUUAGUAGAUGCUAGAAAGAGUCUUAAUGGAAUACGCUGAAGUGGCAGGGCCGCUGCGAGGGCUCGGGAUGGCGUGCUAACGUUAGCCGAGUUGCUACCAUCCGCACCGGUUGAAAGUGCUAACGUUAGCCGAGUUGCUACCAUCCGCACCGGUUGAAAGUGCUAACGUUAGCCGAGUUGCUACCAUCCGCACCGGUUGAAAGUGCUGUUUUAAACCACACACACCGAGUCUGGGUUCUUCUGGGGGAUGCUCUUUGGGUCGCGGCGCUUAAACGAGCACCAUGGAAGAAAUCAAGACGGAACCGGUGGAUUUCGUCAGGGAAUUUCAAGAGUACCUGACACAGCAAACGCAGCACGUGAACAUGAUCUCGGGCUCCAUUUGUGAGGAAAAGGACCCAGUGGCACCGAGGAGUGAGCAGAAUGGCGUGGACGCCCCAUCCGUGGAGGUAAGCCUGCCCUUGGAGGAAGGCUCCGACGUGCAAAUGGACGGCCUGGAAAGGACGUGCGACGGCAAAUACAAGUGCAGCUUCUGCAGCUACGCCAACAGGGGCAUGGCUCGGUUGAUCGAGCACAUCCGCACCCAUACAGGAGAAAAGCCGCACCGCUGCCAGCUGUGCCCCUUCGCCUCAGCGUACGAGCGCCACCUGGAGGCCCACAUGCGCUCUCACACGGGCGAGAAGCCCUACAAGUGCGACCUAUGCGCUUUCCGCUGCAGCGACCGAAGCAACCUGUCGCACCACCGCCGGCGGCGCCACAAGCAGCCGCCCGCCCGCGUGGCGCGCCCGCCCCGCGCCUGCAAGCGAGGCCUGGCCGCCCUGCAGAAGCGCGGCGGGCCGCUGGGCUUCGGCAGGCGCGCCAGGGGCGCCAACCCUUUCAACGGCCCGCUGGAGCAGCUGGCCGACCUCCGCGGCGUGGCCCCGAGCGGCAACGAGAAGCCCAUCGUGAUACAGGAAGUCACGGGUGCGCCAGUCACCCCGUGUUCCAACGGCGUGCGGACCUCGACGGCCAAAAGCCAAUACCCCGGAAGUUCCGCGCCCGGCCUCGGUUCGGACGCCCGCGACGAACCUUUGUGCGCGGGGGGCAGCCGGCCCGGCACGCCCCUCGCCGCCGACACCCCGGACUGUGACGAGCCGCAGCGGUGCCCGCACUGCGACAUCCAUUUCCCCGACAACGUCCUGUACACGAUCCACAUGGGCUGCCACGUCUACGAGCACCCCUUCCGCUGCAAUGUCUGCGGCCGCACGUGCGCCGACAAGUACGACUUUGCGUGCCAUUUUGCUCAAGGGCAGCACAGGAAGUGACUCUGACGCUAUUCGGAAUGGGUCAGGAGCCGCUAUCCACUACUCACGAAAAACGAAAUUUAGGCGUGAACAAUUACGCUAAUUCAAAUCUGCAUCACGAUGUAGUGGAUUGAAAGUGUGAGGGGGGGGCAUAUACACACUCGCUUGACACACGAACAGUGCCUGUAUCGUUUUAUUUUUUACAUCAUGUUUAUACUGUAAAUUGUAAUAUGACUUAGGAGUUGUUCUUUUAUUUUUACCGUCUACUUGUUUUAUAACUGAAGCAGUAUAAAGGAGACCUUAAUCGAAA